AUGGAGGACCUUCUCAAGGCGCUUCGCAACAUCGGCCUCGCGCUGCCGGAUCCAGAGCAGCUCCUCCAGCUCUCGGACCCAGACACCCAAGUCCAGGACAACCUUGCGCGCCACCUCUCCCUCACCCCUGCCAACAACGACCUUGUGCCCGACGAAGCCGAGCAGUCGGCAAACAGCACUGACGAUGCAGACAGCGAUGCCGACGAAGACAUCGGCAUCGAUCCGCUCGUAGACGCCGACCUCUUCAAGGGCGCCGUCCAGGCGCUGCUCGAGAACUACAACAAGGCCAUCGACAAGGAGCGUGACGCUCUCCGCAAGGAGACGGAAGCACUCGCAGCACCAAAGAAGCUCAAGGCUGUUCCACUCAAAGCGCUACUUGCGCGUCAGGCAGCCGAAGUCAAGAAGCGCCAAGACGAGGUGUACGUUGCUGCGCACGACCCCGAGUCCGGCCGCAAGCGCAGGCGUGUCUAUCUCCCGAGGCAGACGUUCGACGGCGCAGGCAGCUAUGCCUCCGACAAACCGCUCGCCGAAUUGGCGCGGCUCGAUGCAGAUGAGCUCGAAGCUCCAAAGCGUUUCACCGGACGAUACAUCCUGUGCAAGGUCGCUUCCAGCCUCAAUCUGUACGUCGGCUGCACCUUCAUCGGCCUCCUUCCCUCGGGCAACGCACUGCCCAUCACCAUCGCGCAUUUCACCUCCGACCUUCACCUCAGUGGCGAGCAGCUCGACGCAUUGCUUCCCGUUGGCACUGUGCUGGCUGUCCGCGAACCGUUCGUAAGCCUCAACCACUUUGCAAAGGGCGGGCCGUGCCAAGCCGGAAAGAGCGUGCCGGGUGUCCGUGUGGACACGCCCACCGACGUGCAUGUCCUAGACCGUCUCAGCAAUGCAGACGCCAAGAUCCUCGAUGCGGUACAGUGGAAGGUUGACGUAGCACAGGACAAGGACGAGCAUUUCAGCGACUUGGGCUCGCUACUCCGAGACUCGCCGGCAGCUUGCAACUCUAAGGGUUGCCGCUGGCUGCAAGACGGUCCGCUCUCGCGCGCUGUCGCUUCCACGUCGCUGGACCGCGUAGCCGACCAAGUGCAGGGCCUCGACACAGAGCAGCGAAACAAGCUCAGCGCCCGCACGCGGCAGCUCAUCCAGUCGCUGCUCAGUGACGACCGACCCGGCGCAGCGUACCGCGAACUGUGUGCCGCCCGUCUCGUCCGCCUUCCCACCUCGACCUCCGCCUCGGCCAUUGCGGAAAACCUCGAGCUUGAAGCCGAAGUGCUACACCGCCUGUGCAACUACGAGACGAGUCGAUUGGCGUACGAGGCGGCGCUCCAAGCGUAUGCUCCCGCACAGCGCGCUGCGGCCCAAGACCGCAUCCUGGAGAAGCUCACCGCGGUGCGUGCAGCCCAAAAAGCGUCCGCGCUCGGGCCGAGCCACGAAAACGUCUGGGGCUACUACUUUGACUCGCAAUCCUAUGCCACGCCGCGCUUCGACAUGCAGGACUGGCUCGGACCUGUUGCGAUCCAGGACAUCCCCGGUGCAGGCCGUGGACUGGUGCUCACUCGCGAUGUCGAAGAGGGCGAGCUGCUGCUGUGCUGCAAGGCGGCUGCGGCGAGCUAUGCCGCCGACCGCGGAUGCCGCGGUGUGAAUCUCCUCCGCUACUCGGUCGAAUCGGGCGUAACAAGUACGACGACGCAGGUGCUGGCGGCGACGAAGAGCAUCCAUGCCAUCAUCGAUCGGCCCCAGCGAUGGACUCUGCCGAUUAUGGGGCUGACUGCUGGACCGGACGUCGAGUACUCGCGGUGGGUCGCACAGCCCUACCCGGCCCCAGAGAAGCGAAGCUACGCGGAUGCAGCAAGCGAGCCUGACCACCUCGCCACGCUUAUCGCCGCUUGCACCGUUGAUGCAUCGGCGAAAAGGACCGAAGAGCAACGGUGGAAGGAGACAGUCCUCGAAGGCGCUGCGAGGCCGGCGAUUGACUCGAGCUACGUCGACGGUGUGCUGCGAUUCAACGCGUUCGGUCCCGCUGCCAACCCGGGCGGCAAAUCCGCAUCCUCCGACGCCGAUGAUGCCGCGCACGAUUCGGAGCUGUCGCGCUCGACCAUGGUGCAUCCGUUGCCGGCGAUUCUCAACCACGCCUGCUUGCCCAAUGUCUCGUCGGUAUUCUUCGGCGACAUUGUGACGACGCGCGCACUGCAUCCGCUCAAGCGCGGCACCGAGAUCAUGCAUCAGUACGUCAAGGGCGAGCAGCCGUGGCUCAUCCGACGCUCGCAGCUCUCCAAGCACGGCUUCAAGUGCAGCUGCGGCAUUUGUGUGCUCGACGAGCGCGAUGGAGAGGAGCGUGUGCGCGAGCGCGGCCAGAUCGUGGGCGGAUCCCUCUCCAUGCUGCAAGAACGCAGUCGCAUCGUCCUCAAGUCGUCCACCCAGCCCGAUGCCAGCAGGGACAAGGAGGUGGAGGACCACAGGGACCUGGCAGAGUCGCUGCAGGAACUCGUGGAAAAGGUUCAGGCGACGUACGAUGCAUCGCGUCCGAUCCUGCGUCCGGACCUCAUGAAGAUCCUCCAGCUGCAAGCACUGCACCAGAGCCACUACGACAUGGAUGCCGCCAUCGCCACCGAGCUGCAGGCACUCGAGUCCGUGGGAUGUACGGUGGCAAAGGAUAAUGCACAUGGGAGAGUGCUUGACCAGCUGCCGUCGCUGCAUUUCGACGGAGGCAUCACCUCGAUGCUCACGCUCGCCAAGUUCAUGCUCGCUGAUCCAAGCAGGACCGACAGCAAGAAGGAGGCGCGCAGAUGGGUCGAACAGGCUUUCUAUACGCACCAGUGCACGAUCGGUGGCGGUCUCGACAUCUUUUUGGAUCGUUGGCUCGAUGCUUUCCCCGACCUCCCCUUUCGAGACUGGCUGCCGCGUUGCUAG